GCUUGAACCUCCCUGUCUUGUUGGAUGGCACUAGAGAUUUGACCCCCCGACCCCAAUAAACUUGCGAGCCGCAAAGACACCGCUCGGUCCAUAUUGAUACAUAUUGAUAAGACUGCAAGCUUAGGUUGGCUGAUCGUGGUGUUGGUUUAUGUUACCAAGCCACAUACCCUCACAUCAACAUCCACACACAUACGUAACGUACAGGCAUAAUCUACAGGCAUGAUAUACCCCUGUUGUUGCAGUCGAAUUAUGAGUUACCUUCCGCCCAAGCUCUUGGUCCCUCAGUCCCUCCAGCUGCUGAUUUAGUUAACCUAGUAGAUAUGGCCUAUGCAGGUGACAGACAUUCGCCUUCUGUAGCAAAUUGUCAAAACCCCGAGGCCCCAUGUCUAAGUAGUUCACAUACCGCAAUGCUCAGACUUAGUAUAAGACUCGCCUAUAUUCCCUCUUCUUAUCUCCUUUCCUCAUUCCUGCUGUCAGCCAUUUAACCCCCUUGGCUUAGUCGGCAGGCUCAUUCUCUCGUGUUCUCGUCAUAUUUAGAAAUAGUUGGACUUAUCGCACAUCACACGACUAUGGUGAACACUAAAAAGGCUCUCGCCUUUCUAGGCAGUGCCUCUUAUGCCAUAGCCCAGCCUUCAUACGUGUCUCAUCCUGACAGAGCUGAUGCUGUUAAGGCGGCGUUCCAGCGUUCUUGGGACGGCUACUACCAAUACGCGUUCCCUAACGAUACCUUGAGGCCUAUCUCAAAGACAUACCAAAAUGAUCGAAAUGGAUGGGGAGCCAGCGCGGUUGAUGCCAUUUCUACGGCCCUCGUGAUGGGAAAUGGAGAUGUGGUCAACGCUAUUGUAGACCAUAUCCAGUCCAUUAACUUUAACGCCACUGCUCCCGGCUCAGAAAGUGUUUCCGUAUUUGAAACUACUAUUCGCUACUUGGGCGGUCUCCUCUCAGCAUACGAUUUUCUGAAUGGUCCUCUAAAACAAUACGCAAAGGACCAGUCGUCCGUUGACAAGAUUCUUGAGCAAGCAAUUAAUCUAGCUGAAAUUCUCAGCGUGGCUUUCGAUACCCCCAGCGGAGUUCCCAUAAACACGCUGAUCUACAGCUCAGACGGGUAUCACGUCGGUAGUGAUACCACCAACGGUAUUGCCACCAUUGGAACUUUGGUACUUGAGUGGACUCGCUUGAGUGAUAUCACGGGAGAUGAUAAAUAUGCAAAGUUAACACAGGUCGCUGAGGACUACCUUCUCAACGUACGCAACCCGGAAGUAGGCGAGCCGUAUCCUGGAUUGAUUGGAACCGAUGUCAAAGUUUCCGAUGGAACCUUCGCAGACUCCAGCGGCGGCUGGAAUGGCGGUACGGAUUCAUUCUACGAGUAUCUCAUCAAGAUGUAUGUCUACGACCAAGACCGUUUCGGCGUUUACAAGGACCGAUGGAUUGCUGCCGUCGACUCCAGCAUCGAGUACCUAGCAUCUACCCCGACCACUCGCCCCGAUUUGACAUUCCUUGCUGCCUAUAGUGGAUACGACCAGCUUGACUUCGUGUCAACUCAUCUUGCGUGCUUCGACGGAGGCAGCUUUAUUCUCGGUGGCUUGACCCUCGAUAGUGAUAAGUACGUCAAAUUCGGACUCGACCUUGUGAAUGCGUGUCACGAGACCUACCUCGCGACCGUCACCGGUAUUGGACCGGAGGUUUUCUACUGGCAAGAUAGCAAGGUAGCAACCAAUGCUAGUAACAAUGGCCCGCCCCCACAGGAAUCUGCCAGCUUUUAUGAGACUGCUGGCUUCUGGAUCCCAUCCGGCGGCGCGAGCUACGUGCUGCGGCCCGAGGUCAUCGAAAGCUUCUACUACGCGUACCGCGCGACUGGAGACACCAAGUACCAGGACUGGGCUUGGGAGGCGUUCCAGAACAUCAACAAGACAUGCAGCGCAGGUGUUGGAUACAGCUCCAUCGAUAACGUGAAUGUCGAAGGCGGCGGUGGAUUCGACGAUUUCCAGGAGAGCUUCUGGUUCGCCGAGGUCCUGAAGUACAGCUACUUGAUCCAGGCGGACGACGCGGCGUGGCAGGUCAAUGCUGGCCACGACAACACGUGGGUUUUCAACACGGAGGCGCACCCUGUCCUAGUCAAGGGUAAACCAAUCUAGACUCACAUGUAGAAUUGGGCAGACCAAGAAGCAUGUGUAUAUGAGUAUUCAGUAGUAGCAGUCAGGGAUUAAUUAGUCUUGCAUUGGGUCGGCGUUGGUUGAUCAGUUCUUGUAUAUAUUUAGGGGUACUUUCGAGGCCUACAUUUAGGCAAUAUACCAUCCAGUUUUCAAUACCUUGUGCGGCUGAAUGCAAUAGCACCUCGACGCCGUGUCACUAUUCUCCGUAUUAUUCAUUCCAUAGCGACGCAUCGAUCACAAUCAUACCUAUAAUAUCAUAUAUGGAGGCACAGAAAACAACUCAGCUUAUUUACUCGUAUUAGUAAGUUGGAAUUCCUGUCUCCUAAUGUAUCUGCACUAUUGGCGGCACCGUCUGGCAUGUGCCACCAAGUCUCAUGCUAGGAGCCGAGACACGGCUGUACUGUGCCCUCGGAGCUAUUCACAACAACAUUCCGACCAGCUUCCGAUGAAGUAACGUACUACAUGGAUACAAGGCUUGUUUGUCCCUCGG